GAGUGAGAGGAGAAAAUCGGAAAAUCGUUAUGCGACUACUAUAACCCACCACAAAAUCGCGGUCGCCUCUGUUGUUGCCGGGCACCCCACACUCGCACAUCGAAUCUGAAUCCGAAUCUCGUCCAGAAGCAGGACCAGAAUCAAAAACCGAAUUCCGGGCCAGCAUCAGAACCAAAAUCCUCUGACACGGCGGCCGCAGUUUCAUAUUUUUCCCCAUUUUGUGGUUCGUGCUAUUUUCGAAAAUAUACAUAAAUUCGCAAAUCCCCAAUUUCCUUCGCCUCCCGUCUCCGUCACACCUCAUCGGAUCAGUGAUUUGUGGUUUAUUUUAAUGCAUAAUCCUUAAAGUGUGUCAUAAAUUAAACAAUAAGCCAGAGAGUCUGCAGGAAAAUAAGCAGGAAUGGAUCCCUCGAAUCUUCCUUUCGGAUUUCCCGGUCUGCCCAACCACGGACACAUGCCCAUUCCGCCCACGGCCAACAUGCUGGGCGCCCACCCAGCCCCCACCGCCAGUCCGCCGCAGAGCGUCCCCGGCCGUCGGACGCCCCUGGGCUCUGUGGGCCUGGGCGGCUUCUAUGCCCAGGGCAUGGGCAUGUCCCAGCCGCCGACUGAUGAAAACAAGCCGGGUCCCAGUGCUCCGGAGAAGUCGCUGAGUCCCACGGCGGCCGCAAUCGCUGCCAUCAGCGGGGGCACCACCACAGUAGCUGUGCCGAGUGGCUCCGGAGGCGGUGGGUCUGGGCCAGGUGGCUCCAACGGUGGAAAGCAAAAGAACCGACAGGGAAAGACCGUGAGGCUGAACAUCAAUGCCAGGGAGCGACGGAGGAUGCACGAUUUGAACGACGCCCUGGACGAACUGAGGAGCGUGAUUCCGUAUGCCCACUCCCCGUCCGUGAGGAAGCUGUCCAAGAUAGCCACUCUACUUCUGGCCAAGAACUACAUACUGAUGCAGCAGAACGCCCUCGAGGAGUUGAGAAGACUCCUCGCUUACAUACAGAGCACCACGGGGGCAGCUCCUCUGGACCUGGGCUCGUUCCCGGCCGCCGCCAAGCUGCAGGCUCUGCUCCAAGGACCUCACAACGAACCGCCCACCAGCAGCAGCAGCUAAGCCCCGAAUCCUAAAAAGCAAUCGACGAGCAAUAAUUUUUAAGUCAAUUGGAGGAAGGCCAAAGUCAAUAAACUAGUCAGAGAGGUCGCAGAGUGGUAGGGAGAGUUGGAAAAGCCAAGUGAAAAUCUGUUAAGUGAUAUUUAUUUUUGUCGUAAGCAUUUCUUUUUCGCGCAUUUACAUAAUGUCAUAAGAACCCCAAUACCAAUAAAGUAUUAAUUCCGAUUUGUAGAA